GUCCCAUGCGCGCCCCCGACGUAGUCAGACCGGCUAAAGCCGGUACAUAUAUAAACGGAGGCUGAGUGCUGAAGUCAGGACAAGCUGGAGCUGCUAUGGGUGUGAGACAGGGUAACUGAGCCAUGCUGCCUGGCUGAGUGUGAGCAAGAGCACUCACCCUCUGACUGUGAGUACAGAUUCACAUUAUUAUUAUUAUUACACACCAUACUCAGCACCACUAUACAGGGGGCAGUGAGCCAUGCUGCCACAGUGACCAAGGGCACCCACACUCAUUCCAUUGUAAAGGGACGCUGGCUGAGUGCACCCUCUUACUCAGUGUAAUUGUAUAUGGGGACAGAGAUACAUGCUGUCACCCAUCUCACAUAACUGGGGCGGAGUGUGAGUGCACCCUCUUACUCAGUAUGAUUAUAUAUGGGGACAGGGAUACAUGCUGUCACCCAUCUCACAUAACUGGGGCUGAGUGUGAGUGCACCCUCUUACUCAGUAUGAUUAUAUAUGGGGACAGAGAUACAUGCUGUCACCCAUCUCACAUAACUGGGGCUGAGUGUGAGUGCACCCUCUUACGCAGUAUGAUAUAUGGGGACAGAGAUACAUGCUGUCACCCAUCUCACAUAACUGGGGCUGAGUGCGAGUGCACCCUCUUACUCAGUAUGAUUAUAUAUGGGGACAGAGAUACAUGCUGUCACCCAUCUCACAUAACUGGGGCUGAGUGUGAGUGCACCCUCUUACUCAGUAUGAUAUAUGGGGACAGAGAUACAUGCUGUCACCCAUCUCACAUAACUGGGGCUGAGUGCGAGUGCACCCUCUUACUCAGUAUGAUUAUAUAUGGGGACAGAGAUACAUGCUGUCACCCAUCUCACAUAACUGGGGCUGAGUGUGAGUGCACCCUCUUACUCAGUGUAAUUGUAUAUGGGGACAGAGAUACAUGCUGUCACCCAUCUCACAUAACUGGGGCUGAGUGUGAGUGCACCCUCUUACUCAGUAUGAUUAUAUAUGGGGACAGGGAUACAUGCGGUCACCCUCUGAACAAUAAUUCACCCAUCUCACAUUACACAGAACUGGGGCUGAGUGAGUGCGCCAGCAAUGUCAUCUCGGGAUCACUAUAUAGGGGACAGUGAGUCAGGAUGAGUUGAACUCAAUGGGACUAUUUCUUAUAAGGUCCAGGGUAAUUAUCAACCUCUAUAGGGCACCCAGCGUGACUAGCCCAUUUUACAAACUGGCACCCAAUGUAACUAGCCCAUUUUACAGCAGGCACCCAGUGUGACCAACUCAUUUUACAGCGGGCACCCAGUGUGACCAACUCAUUUUACAGACUGGCACCCAAUGUAACUAGCCCAUUGUACAGACGGGCACCCAAUGUAACUAGCCCAUUUUACAGACUGGCACUCAAUGUAACUAGCCUAUUUAACGGCGGGCACCCAGUGCGACUAGCUCAUUUUACAGCGGACACCAAGGAGGACCAAGUGUGACUAGUCCAAGUCAUUGGGGGAUCCAGAGUAACUAGCUAAGUUUGUGGAGGGCAUCCAGUGUAACUAGCUCAUUUUAUGUUGGCAUGGUGAUCCUAAUUUUAUAGACUUUCGAUAUUUAUAAAAUAUGUAUGGGUCUUGUAAUUUCAAUUUUGAAAUACAUUAUAAGCAAUAAAAUAAAGUUUGUAUGUGUCUAUAUACGUUUCACUAAACAUAGCUAGACAUAGGAGACAGCAUGGCUGAAGUAUGAGCAAAGUACGAGGCUCGCCCAUGGAGCUCAAUGUAAAACUCUCUGUUUAGGAGCCUGGGAAGAGGCUCGUCCAUAGAGAUCUAACUAAACAAUUUAGGAGAGUGGAGCUCUAUAUAAAACACUUUAGGGAAGAUCUGUGGAGCACUAUGUAAAAAACAAAACAAAAAAACACUCCAUUAAGUAAUAUGGGAAGAGGUUAAUCUGUGGACCUCUGCGUUUAGGAGCCUGGGAAUAGUAAAAUAAUGCAUUCAGGAGCCUGGAAAGUUUAGCAUCCAUAGAUUUUUAAAAAAUUUAUUUUAGAAGCCUGGAAGAGUCUUUAUAGAAGAUAUGAAGUUAGACAGAGAGUGCUUUAUACAGCUUUACAUACUGUAUUUUUUUUCUUCGGAGCCGGUUACAGGUGCAUCCAUAGACUAUGUAAUAUACACUGUGUGGGAAUCAAAGCUUUUUCAUAGAAAUUUAAUUUUUAAAAACAAAACAAAGAACACUGUAUUACCCAGGAAGCCAUAAAUCAUUUAUAUAAAAAAUUCUCCAUAUAUCAGCACGCUUGCCAAGCAAUAAUAUAAAUCGUACAGAUUUCUCACACGGCUUUAUUCCAUUCCUGUUUUUGCAAUAUAUAUAUAUAUAUAUAUAUAUAUAUAUAUAUAUAUAUAUAUAUAUAUAUAUAUAUAUAUAUAUAUAUAUAUAUAUAUAUAUAUAUAUAUAAUUUGCAAAAACUUUAAACUGCUCAAACUGAGCAGGAAUGGAAUAAAGCGGUCUGAGAAAUACACACACACACACACACACACACACACAAAAUAAGGGAGGGUUUAAAAAAAAAAAAAAAAAAGUGUUAUUACACACAUUUAUUAUUUGAAAGAAUUCUUGUUAAACAUUCCCAGUAAAAUAUAUAUUACUGUAAUAGAGCGUAGCUCAUUCAAAUGCCCAUUAACAAGUGCACAGACAUUUCCCAAUUAUAUUCUUUAAGGAGAAUUCUGGGUGCAUGCUAUUUAGAUAGCGUAGGGUUUAUCUUGGGUGGUAACACCCUUAAGACUUCCCGCCUUCUGUAUUUUUUAGUAGAUCUACGCAGAGCACACUGGAAGGGUUAAAGGUAAGAUUGUGUACAGGGGUACUUGCUGCAGUGGCUUGGAAGGAUCAGUGCGCAGUGUGCGGAGUCGGGUGUACAAGAAAGGUCUGCAGAGAGAUGAUGUAACCAAGAUUUUACUCUUAAGUCGUUUUGUGUUAGUGCAUAUAACCUAGUGAUGGAUUCUAGAGUUAGUCAUAUGAUUUUUAUAUUAGGGUUAUCAAAACUAAACGAGAUCUGUUAUAAGAUAUCGCCAUUCAUACUAGUCAAUGCUGCAGUGUGAGUGUGUUGAUAGGAUAGCUUUAUUUGUUUUAACUCAAAACAGUGGACUGGUUUUCUCCCCCCCUUAAAAAAAAAAAAAAAAAAAAAAAAAUCUAUUUUAAUAUAUAGUUAUAAACUAUCAAUUUCAGUAAACUUGGAAUCUAUAAUUUCUUAUUUAAAUAACGUGCACUUAAAGUGACAGGCUCUAUAAAGAUGGUCAUUGGGGUAAAAUGUUUCUGGGAAAAUAUUUCUUUAAGGCGGCAAACCUUGCUAAUAUCAUGUAAUUGACGUUCUAGUUACCCAAACCAGGUAUUAGCUAAUUGUGCAGCAAAACAAUGUAGCUUUCCAAAAAACAAAAAAAAAAGUGUCCAUUGGUAUGCUUGCUCUUGCAUUAAUGGGUUAAACCUGGCUAUCUUUCCUGUCCAGUCAUUUACAAGAUGCUGGCAUAGGGCUUAACCAAUAUGGUUAUCUGACUUACUAAAAGCUUAACGGUCAUGGCUUUAAACUCAGAUAGUUUUGAUAAUAGAUGUUUGAAAAUAAACUUCUCUUUAUAGACAUUUUAGUCGUUUUUGCAUUGAAUACUCCAUAUGAGAAACAAACACAAUGAAUGAAGACAAGCCUUCAAAAAAACUCAAUUUAAAACCAAGCAUAUCGACUAGUACCUUGAGUACUGUACAUUGUCUGCAUAGUGUAUGUACCUGACAAACCGGUACACUGUAUAGCACCAGUGAUGGCUAUAAACUACAUUCCUGAGCUCUCGUGCUGGCUGAGAAUCGCAGAACGUUCUGAAGUUUCAAGGUCAGCAAUCACUGGUGGUAAUAAAUGCAAUGGUGACAGAUGUUUCAGAACUUUUCUCUUCUCCCAGACACACCACAGACCAAUACAAUGCUUGUCAGAGAACCAUUGGGGACCUACGGUGACCAGGCAUAAUUUAGGAUCUGCAGGUAAUAAGGCAGUAGCUGUUAACAUUUCCCACCAACAGGAUGUCAAGUCAGGACAGAUGCAUGGCAUACAAUAUUUGGCACAAGCCUUAUAUUAAAAAAAAAAAAAAAAAAAAUAGAUUUACCCUUCAAUCAGGGCAAAAGCAACAUUUUGUUAUCCACACGGUACAUAUUUUAUACUAUAAUCAAAAAAUCUAAUCGGUGUUCCACAAGUAUAAUAAAAAAAAUGAAAAAUAAAUACAAAAAAAAAACUGGCUUUUUAAAAUUUUAUUUAUUUACAUCCUGCAGCAGUCACCCACAGUACUCCUGUAGAAGGCACUCUACGAGGCAGGUACAAUGAGGCACAAGCAGGCAGCACCCCACUUGUUCAAACCCCAUCCAAGCUAUAAAUCUGGUGUGGUGUUAAAGAUCUAGCCCCCUCUCCCCCCCCGCCCAAAAGUCAGGCAGAUUAGUAGUCUUAUUCUGUCUAUUAAACUAUGUGUCUGCCAGUGCAAUAACCUCAUCCCCCAUCCCCUCCAGGUGGCAGUACCACCGAGCUACCUGCUCAUAUCAUCAUAACUGUUAAAUUAAAGGAACACUAUAGUGUCAGUAAUACAAUACAAAUACACCUGACACUAAAGUGCUGGGAUGCAGCUUUAGGUCCCUGUCUCACCGAAUAUUAAAGGUGAGUUAACUCACCUUUACUCCCAUGCCGCGCCGGUCGCGCUGUGGCUGGUCCCACCUCCGUGUCCGAGCUCAGCCAUUGGAAUCUUUUCCCAUAGGAAAGCACUGGGUGGCUAUUUCCCAUGGUGCGCCAAUCAGCAUCUCCUCAUAGAGAUGCACUGGAUCAGUGCAGCUCUAUGGGGGAACAUUCAGUGCGUCCAUGCAAAAACGACGGUGCAGCACUGAUAUAGGAAGCCCCUCUAGUGGCCGUCUAAGUGACUCAAAAGUCAGUAUUUACAGUGCUAAGUCUGCAGGGGCAGGCUAUAGCUGUAGUGGUUCUGGUGACCAUAGGGUGUCUUUAAAGGGGGGGGGCACACACCUCCAAGCAAUCUCUACAGUUCUAGUCUAAAUGGAGUGUCAGCUCCUAUUUAUAAACAAACAUUUUCUGCCCAAAAAAAUAAAUAAAAGUAAAUCACCCAAGAGUGUUCAAAAAAUUUUUUUUAAAAAAAUUCCACUUUUGAUUAAAAAUAAAUAAAGGUUUUACCCACAUUUCAGCUCGAAUACACAUAAUAUAUCAGGAGCGAGAUCGUAGAUAAUUAUUCUUUCGUGAGAUUUUACGUUUACAGAGAUGCAGUCCUUCUACACGCUACGCCAAGACCCCCAAACAGAGGUCAUGUCAUAGGAUUGGGAACACCAUUCUAAAGAUAGCUUGGUCUAACCAAGAUCUCACGUUUCCUUCCCAUGUUUCUAAGUUAUCUAGAGAUCUCCAAUCUUUUUAAACCACGCCAUCAAGUAAAUUAGUGCACAUGUUAAACAUACCAUAUCUAUCAAUCACAUCCUUUCCCAAAGAGUUUAAACAUUUCAGGUCUUACAGUACUAGCCAGGCCAUCAAAGUUACAUGCCAGAGCAAGCCUUGAGAGUCCAUGUCACACUCACUGCUCACCAGGGCUAAAUAUUCACUCUCCCCGCCUUGCUCUGUACAUUGCUUACACACAGUGUAAAUGAUUCAUUUUAAAGUGCACUCACCUAGAAUACGAAGAAGAAUGUGCUAAACGUUUGCUUCUUUUGAAAUUGCACAAGUCCGUAUUCAUUCUGAAGUCUUAUUUUCCUUUCUAAUUUAUGUUUAGAAACCUGUUGAUAUAGUUCAAAUUCAUGUCAUAUUAGAGGGACAGCCAUAUGAAUAACUCUUCUAUGCAACAUCACACAGACAGAAAUUAGUAUGUAAAAAAAGUUACAUCAACUACAUGCGCUGAAAAUAUUAAAAAGGUACAUUGAUUAGCAGCACUUUUCAGCCAAGCAGAAUAUCAGCUAGAUUUGAAAUCACAGGCUGUUGCUAUAAUACAGACGAGCGUCAGGUUCUUCCUCCCACCUACUAUAAAAUAGACUUCCUGGAGACAAAAAUAUCAAUUUCUGUUUAGGAAUGUCUGUCUCUUUAAGUUUUACAGUCAUCUUGGUUCUGGAUAUAAAGAGAUACGUAAUGGAGAAGAAUGUAUCUUUUUCAGAGAACUUAAUUUACUAAAUACUGUUUAACCCAGUCUGUGGAUUAUGUUUAAUUAGAUGUACUAUCUGACUUUGUCCUCAGGGCGAAAAUGACAGCCAUGGAGAAGUGCACCAGCGCCAAUGUUUAUACCAAAGUGCCUGAUGGCGGCUGGGGCUGGGCGGUUGCCGUGGCCUUUUUCUUUGUGGAAGUGUUUACGUAUGGAGUGAUCAAGUCGUUUGGAGUUUUUUUUAAUGAGCUUAUGGUCUACUUUGACGAAAGUAACAGCAGGAUAUCAUGGAUCAUUUCCAUCUGUGUGUUUGUCCUUACAUUCACAGGUAGGCAUUGCAGGGAAGAGAUCUUUACUGGCUAAACUAUCUGCCUUAUAACGUGCCAAGAACCAUGAGACUAGUUCUAAGGGAUGAAUUUCGAACAUUAACUAUGAGAUCCUUUAAGGUCCUCUUGACAUGUACAAAAAUGCAUUUUAAGCGAUUUGACCGAAUUAAAUUCCUGGUGUUCGGCAAACUCGAUCUGCCUAUUGAGAAGGUAUUUAUAUCUCCUAAAAGCAAAAAAAGGAAGUGCCAGAUUCUAGCCUCCUCUUCUUGUUCAUCUUCUGUAGACUCUGCCCUCUCCUCAUACAAAGAAAAUGGUUUUCCAAAUGUGAGUCUUCUUAGACUUAUUAGAAGUACAACUCUGUAUGGAAAUAAGGAAUUGACAAAGAAUCAGGACUGUUCUUGUGCAUGGCCUCUAAUCUGGAGGGACAAACACUGCUUCUAUGGGUGGUACGGACGAUGUAAACCCAGAUUAGUGACCAUUUUAGUUUUAAAGAUGGGAAUAGAAGACUUUGCUCACUUAUGUUAAAUAAGGAAAGAUGAAAACAGUCAGGUUACCAGGAAUAAAAUGCCCACAGUGGUAUUUACUACUCAGAUUUUAAGGUGAAGCUCUUCCAGUUUAAUGACCUUGGUCUUAAAUUCACUUUGAAUUCUCACGUUAAUGAAUCACCCGGUCAGAACUUAUUGUAGAUUCACUCCAGAAAAGGUUGAAGGGUUUAUAUUUGCUGAACUAGGAAUUGUGGGAAUUGGCAAGAGAAUGGCAAAAUCUUGACAUGCUGCUUCUUUGGUCUAAAAUGCUCAUUGUAUCGUCUUCACCCCACUUUGGUGAAUAAACCCCUGACAUUGGAUACUUGGUGGGUUUUUUUUAGCACUGAAACUAAAGUACCAUUUGUUUAAUUUCAGCCCCUUUGUCCACUGUACUGAGCAAUCGAUUUGGACACAGGCCUGUAGUCAUGGUUGGAGGAUUUCUCAUUGGUUUGGGCAUGAUUCUAGCCUCAUUUGCACGCAAUGUCAUAGAAAUGUACAUCACUAUUGGCGUGGUGUCAGGUAAGUACCUUUUAAGAAAAUAUUAUCUCCAAGAAUAUUUCCAAGUGUCUCUCCAUUACAUUUCUACUAGGAAGAGCUCUAACACUCCUUGUUCAUAUUACAGUACUGUGAGUUGGCUCAUGUUAUGACUACAUUACCAAGGUUUUUCUAUAGGAUAUUUUAAAGGGAUACCCCAGAUCCCUUACUGAAGCUGUGUCCUUUCACUCCCUCCACUUUACAAAAAUAUGCAUAUUUCAAUAAAUAAUUGUCACUUUUUAUAAAUCGACCUUGUUCGAUUCCCCCUGGCUGUCAGGCAAACAAUCCUGUUACUGCUUGGCUGUUUAGCUCAUUUGCCUAAAGCACCUGCCUUGCAAAGACUUCUCAUUGAACUGCAUUGGAAAGUCUGUAAGUGGCAGCCACAGACAGUCUGGGUCGGAUUAGAAGGGGCAGGUUUGCAAAGGCUGCAGACAAGAGAACUGCAGUUUUUGCAAGCUGUUUACACACACACACACACACACCACACCCCCCCCCCCCCUUCUAAUGGGAAGGGAAAAGCAUAAUUGAAAGCAGGCAUGUUUUCCUUGGGGGGGUAGAUCUACUAAGCAGAUUUUUCUUCAUUUUAUUAUUUGGGCAAUGGAGUGUCCCUUUAAGACAGACUUCCCCAAACUCCGGCCCUCCAGAUGUUUCUGAACCACAACUCCUAUGAUUCUCAGCCUAUUUCAUUCAUAGAAUCAUGGGAGUUGUAGUUCAGCAACAUCUGGAGGGCCAGAGUUUGAGUAAGCCUGCUUUAAGACAUGGAGAUGGACAUCGGAUUUCACUGAGAAACACUCACCUACACUGAGCAGGGGGUUCAGAUAACUUCUCUUACUUAUUUAUGGUCUGACUCACACGCAUGUAUUGUAUUCACAGCUACACCCAGUCACUAAAGUGUGUGACAGUGAUGUUGCUAGCAAAUACAGAGAUUAAAAAGAUGAAUAGAUUUAACCAUUAACACUUUGUGGUCCAUGCACCGGUGUGUGCGCAUUGCAUUCUGGUUUUGACCUGAGCACAUUUUACUGACCAGCGCAGUCCUUUUGCUUGUAGUAUAAAAUAUCUGUGGAUAAGUAACAGUAUGAAUGAGGCUAGUAUAACAGAAUAUGAAACUAUAUUUACUGUAGUAUCAAUUUAAACAAUUGAUUUAUACUUUAUAUUUUUUAGAUUAAAUGGGAUUCAAUCUUAUCAUUUUGCAUGAAAGCUGCAUUCUAUAUUUUCUUAAAUAAUAGCAGCAGAGAUACGCAACUAUUAAAUACGUUGUUAGUUGUAAAAGGAAAAGUCCCAUGCUCCUUUGCCAGCUGAGUUUUCAACCCAAGCUAUGGUAUGGGUUUUGUAAUGUGAUGACUAUAUUAAAGGCACAUUCUGAGCACCAAAAACACUUCAUCUUAAAAAGGGACACCAUAAGCAUCAAAACCACUGCAUUACAGUGUACUAGUUUUGGUCCUUGUCCCUUUUCUCGGACAUUGUAAAACAUUGCCUUGCGUGAGGAAUGGCAAGGUGUACAUUUAUCUGAAAAGACACCCAUUAGACCUUUGAUGGACUUCACAUGCACAAGAUGACUACACCAAAUGUAGCCAAGGCUUUUCCUAUCGAGAUGAACGGCUGUGCAUGCGCUGUAGCUCCACAAUGCUUCUCUACGAGACAAUCGGCAUUGAUGAUCUCACAGUGAGGUGUGGGUGUGUCAGCCAUUAAUGAAAGUUUUGACAUUAGAGUUUCCUUUAACUGCUGGCCAGUUGCACUAUGCAGGCACUGCCCUUUUUACCUCUGCUGGAAAGUAGAAGAAAGUCUGAGACUUGCUGUUGUAUCAUAUUGUUUAUUCACAAUAAUAUUUUUGUGUUUCCUCUAGGACUCGGUUACUGCCUCAGCUUCCUGCCAACCGUCACCAUUUUGUCACAGUAUUUUGACAAGCGCCGGUCCCUGGUUACUGCUGUUGCAUCCACAGGGGAAUGUUUUGCAGUCUUUGCAUUUGCUCCAGGUAAAAACUAAGGAUUAGUAGUGUGCUCCUUCCUCAAACUAAUUAAUUAAACACUUUCAUCAGACUGCAUAGCGUGGGGCAGUAACAUGGAUUGACUUUCUAAUUGUUUGAAAUGGCAGCACUGUAUAUCCCAUCGGGUUCACAAAAUACUGAAGGAUUUUUCAGAUAAAACAAUUUUUCAGUUUUAAAUUCUCCAAACUCUGUUUAGUGAGUAAAUCAUUGAAACCCUGACCUGCAGCUAGUUACGCUGAUAAUAUAGUGUUACUGAGUGAUUGAUUAGACUCUGAAUUGUAGUCAAAAUGGCAAGAUUUUAGGCUUACAAUUCAGAGUAUUGUGAAUAACCCUGUUAGUUUAAUUAUUCGCUAUUUCCGCUUACUCAUUCAGUGUUUGUCUCCUCAGCUAUCACUGCGCUCAAUGACCUCAUUGGUUGGAGAUUUUGCCUGUUGACCGUAGGAGCAUUGCAGCUGAACAUUGUGGUCUGUGGAGCCUUGCUACGGCCGAUUGUAAUAAAAAAACAGGAAGAACCCAAAGGUCCUUUUAAAAGCGAAAAUCAGGAGGCUACCUAUAUGCUUGAAAAUGAGCAGACGCUCACAUCUCUAGACUCCAUAGAUUCUGGAGUCGAAGUAUCUACCUCACCUAAGAAUGUAGCAAGCAGUACGAAAGCAGAGGUUCUGAUAGAGCCGUCAGAGAAGAAGGCAAUAUUUGAGCCAGCGGAACCUAAAAAGAAGGUUCCGCCUCUCCUUGAUUUUUCAGUGUUGAGAAAUCCCAGUUUUAUGUGCUAUGCACUUUUUGGACUCUUUGCCACCCUUGGGUUUUUUGCACCAUCGCUGUACAUCAUCCCCCUCUGCCUAAGUCUGGGUAUCGACAAGGACCUGUCGGCUUACAUGCUGUCCUCUAUGGCCAUUGCUGAGGUCUUCGGAAGGAUUAGCGCUGGCUGGAUCCUAAACAAAAAGCCAAUCAAUAAGAUUUAUAUCGAACUCAUCUUCGUCAUCCUGCUGUGCCUGGCUCUAGUUGCCUUUCCAUUUGCCUAUAACUUUUCAGCACUUAUGAUUUGUAGCAUAUUUUUUGGCUACAUGCUGGGGACGGUUACAGGGACUCACAUCCCUUUAGUAGCAGAAGAGGACAUUGUUGGUAUCGAGAAGAUGGCAUCAGGGGUCGGAGUCUAUGUAUUUAUUCAAAGCAUCGCUGGGCUGGCAGGACCCCCAUUAGCAGGUAGCCAAAUUACAUGUUUAUCAUGGAUUAGUUCUUUCACAUCACCAGGCUUUUCAUGAUCUCUAUAAAGAUCAAAUGAAUUAACGAGAUCUGUAUUACACUACUGAAACAUGUCUAUCAAACCUGUCCUACCCUUUUAACCAUCCUCCCAUUCUUUCUGUGCCCUCUUUAAAUGUUGUGCUGUAACAGGGCUCUCGUUGCUAUAAGUGAACAGCCCGGUAAGGAUUGUGGAGACAUUACAUAAUGGUUUCUCAUUGCGAUUGGAAGUCUCCUAUUAUAGUCAGGAGAUUGCUUAUUAUACACAGUAUCAAUCUUUAAACAGUCUCUUCGCAAUAAACAAGCAGUCUAUGUUAGCUGCCUAGAAUUCUGUAACAGUAUUCAAAUUUAUAUAAAGAUGAAAUAGAAUGUAUACGUAGGUAGUACAUUACCAGUGUGUUUGCACCAUUAAUUUCCCUUUAAAUAGAAACAGAUGAUGUGUACAACGAUGAAGCAGACUUUGGUAUUUGUGAUUCAGGGACUUCAGCCAGUUACCUUGCUGGCUGCCCUUUAAUCUCACAUUUUACAAUAACUAACCUUUGUACUGGCAUAGCCUCAACCCGAGCUUGUUCUCAGUCAGAGUGUCUUGCCACAGAACGCAAGCUCGUGGAUUGAUAUUUACCCCAAACUUAUGCCACCGCCGAUUACACAUCACAUAGAUAUUUUUUUUUGAAUAGGUGAAGUUAGCAUUGGCUGUCAUCUUGAUUAGCCAACCUGCCUUCAACCAGGUAUGUCCUUCCAGCUCUGACUGUGACCGGCCUUCAGUCCAGUCUGGAAUCUGAUGUUUCAAGGCAGCAUUGUAGACAUAGCAUCCCAUCUUAAAAGAACAUCAUGGAAAGAUCAUUUGUUUUCCCUAUUCUCAGAGGCUUGGAUUAGUCUAAAUCAAAAACAAAUUGGUAACAAUUCAAAAAGAAUCUCUGUGCCAAGAUCAUGUUUCUGGACACAGCCAUUUAAUUUAAUUAUAUUUACAUUUUCACAAAUCCCUGUCUGGGGAAGGAGUUGUUGCUAACGGCAGAUAUGUCACUUUACUAACCACCAGUAGCCACUUUUAAAGAACCACUCUAGGCACCCAGACCACUUCAGCUUAAUGAAGUGGUCUGGGUGCCAGGUCCAGCUAGGGUUAACCCAUUUUUUUUUUUUUUUUUUAUAAACAUAGCAGUUUCAGAGAAACUGCUAUGUUUAUAAAUGGGUUAAUCCAGCCCUCAAAGCCUCUAGUGGCUGUCUCAUUGACAGCCGCUAGAGGCACUUGCGUGAUUCUCACUGUCAAAAUCACAGUGAGAAGACGCAAGCGUCCAUAGGAAAGCAUUAUGAAUGCUUUCCUAUGAGACCGGCUGAAUGCGCGCACAGCUCUUGCCGUGCGUGCGCAUUCAGCCGAAUGGGAGGAGAGGAGGAGGAUCGGAUGAGAAGAGCUCCCCGUCCAGCGCUGGAGAAAGGUAAUGUUUAACCCUUUUCCUCUCCCCAGAGCCGGGCGGGAGGGGGAUCCUGAGGGCGGGGGCACCCUCAGGGCACUAUAGUGGUCCUUUAAAGAGGUUAGUUUUUAGCGUAUGACAAGUUUUGUAUGGCGUUAUUUUUACUGUUCUAAAUGUGUAUCGCUUGGACUGGAAAUGAGCAGAUCGUGUCAGACAGAACCAGAGCCAGUAUAGCCUUUCCUAGCACAUAGGACUAGGGUUUAAACAGAACGAUAACGGAAAAAGGAAGAACCAUAACUGGACUCCAGCAUCCAUACACAGUUCAACCCAGAGUAAGCAAAUGCUUAAAAGACACAAUCCAAAGUACAAGUUAGGAAUUAAGGAAGACGAGUGGUCAGGACUUGUGGGGUCAAGAUAACCAGCAAAACUAUUGGAGUGUCUUUUCUUAUUCUAUUAGAGAGCCACAAACUUUGUCAGGGAGUAAUACUUGUACUCUGGCACUAGCUCAUAGGCCUGGUCGGGUCGGGAUAAAGGGUCCGUACACAAAAGACAAGCAGCAUUUAAGUUCAUUGAACCAAAAACUGGGCACAUUUUUCAGUAACCUGUAGGUUUAAUGUUUGUGUUAGGAAAAGCAGUUUAAAGCGUUAAGAGAAAAGACAGAAACACAACCUUUUUUAGGGUCAGGCAGACUGGAUGGUAGGUACAGAAUGUACAUGAAAUAUCUGUAACAGAAUACAUGACUAGAUCUAACCUUUAUACCUUUUUAUUUAGGGAUGCUGGUGGACUGGACAAAUAACUACGGUUCUGCAUUCUACUCCUGUGCGGUCGGGAUGGCACUUGGUGCCCUGUGCCUGGCCUUGGUAAGACCGUGCAAGAAAGGACUAUGCAGGAAAAAGACAACGGUGGCACGGCACGAAUCCAUCAAAUGCCAAGAUUCACAAGAAAUGCCAGUAGACUUCCUAGAAAUGGACAUGGGACUGGGCAAAAGCUGUCAGAGCCUCAACGGGAGUCCUUCAAACCUACACCAAUAAUUAGGCCAAAUGAGACUGCAAAAUCAGGCCAUCUCUUCCACAUCAAAAGACAAUCCACACCAAAAAAACAAAACAAAAAAAGGGAACACAAAUCAAUUUAAAUGUGAAUGCUGCUUAGGAGAUCAUUCCUCACGCGUGUAUAGCAGCAGCGCUGAGCACGCUGGGUAAUCUUUAUACGUAGUGAGCAGCGCUGGCUUGUCUCUCACACCUAGAUACCUUUGCAUGCUCGUUCAUAGUGUACAUGAGUGAUGGUCGACUUUUGGCUGUGCAUAAUGGGACGUAGUCCACAACCGCAGCAGCAGGGCUAAAAAGAUACCACAUCAUUGGUGCACGUUACUUGGGACCCUUGCUUGUCUGUGUGAAUAUCCCUUACAAGAUGCAAACCAAACCCCGCAGGAUCCUAUUGGCUGACCACAAGAUACCCAACAGCCACUGCUACAUCUUUUAAAGAAACUUAUAGCAUCAUGUGUACUGCUGCAUCUGUCUUUAAUCAGAUACACUGAAUAAUUAUGUACGUUUUGUUUGGUUUAGGGUUUUUUUUUUUAAUGCAGACCAAAUAUUUAUUAAAUUAUUGUAGAAUAAGCUGCUGAAUGGUAGAUUUUGCUACAGAAGCACAUGAAAAUGAGUAAGAAGGUUUAUACGGUGACAUUUCUGUAGGAACUUUGCAUUUUUUUCCUAUAGUGCCUCAGGUCUUUAUAUUUUUUAAUUCUAGUAUUUAAAUACAAAAAGCAGGUUGCAAUGACUGAUACUGGUACAAAACUGUUCUAGUCAAACUCAUGCCUUGAAUAAAGAGAUCUUCUGACAUUCAAACUGAAAGGUGUGUGUUUCAGUGAAGGGUGGUGCAGGGGGCAAAAUAGAUUAAUUAGAUUAUUUUUACACCUGGCUGGUAGACAUUAAUGUAUUUCAAUUCUCCACUAUUCCUGGAUUGAGAAAUAAAUGUUUUAGGUUGUUACGGACACGAGGAUUCUAGCUGUAGCACACCAAUUUAGGAAUAUAAAAUUUAGUUUGUAUUCCUAACACUAUAGGGCUCCUUUGAACUUCCAACAAUUCUCACAUUAGUUAAUAUUCCUGUUGGAUUGUGUUCUAUUCACUGGAGUUGGCUGUCAGACAUCUUCAAUGG